GCUGUUGUUAGCCUCCUUGCUAACGGUACGUGUCAAAUUGUCACCGCCAACUUUCAGUGAUACAAACGAGGUUUUAUAUUACCCGGGGCCUUCUGUCAUUUCUCUCAUGAGGAACCGGACCUGACCUUCUUGCCAGGAUGGAGGUGGCCCUGUCUGGUCUGCAGACCCUCUCAGAGCCCCUCAGGAGGGGGACGCCUCUGCCUCUGAGCCAGCUGGUGGAGGAGAGCAGGAGCAGUGCCAGCAUCCCCAAUCAUCUACUGGAGUCAAAAAUCUAUGCCAAACUGAAAAGCAACAGCCUGAUCCAAGCAGAGCCUUCAGUGCUUCACUUCAGUGGGUUUGAGCUUGGGAAAGAUUACAUAAAGAUUGUGAAACUAAUCAACAUCUCAUCUGAAGUUAUGAAUAUUCAUAUAAUUCCCACCCAAACCAAGCACUUCCAGACUACUUAUACCAAAAAGUAUCGACUCAUCCCAGGCCUCGCCUACACGCUGAAGGUCGUCUUCUGUCCCGAUGAGUGGCGCUACUUCUAUGACUGCAUUCACAUUCACUGCAAGGGGGAAGAGAACCUGUUAAUUCCAGUUCAUGCUUACCCUGUCAUCGAUGACCUGCACAUCCCUCCACAUAUCGACUUAUCAGCCGUACCACUUGGACAAAGUGUUUGCCAGGCUAUUCCUUUGAGAUGCAGCUGUCCAAUUGACUUUGAAUUUCAGGUGUUUGUUAUUCAGCCACAUGAGGCUUUCUCCAUCCACCCCCUCACAGGUGUGAUACCAGCCAGUGGCGAGGUGAAGAUCACUGUGACCUUUAGUCCUUUCCGAUAUGAGACUUCUCAAGUCACCAUCCAGCUGGUCAUUUCACAGUUCAAUACCAAGCCUUACCUCUGUACCAUCACUGGGAGCUGUGCACCUCAUCUAGCACUCAGUCAGCUGGAAAGAAAGCCGGGUCAUGGAGAUGCAGUGUCUGCAGAACACAAAGGUACUUCACCUGCUGCCCGAGUGCCUUCUCGAAGUAAAACCAAAUACAGGUCAACAAAGGAGGCUGACAAAUCAAAGAUAUUGAGAGAGCAGGCUGAUAUUAAGUCAGCACUAAAACCACCAGGAGAUGUUUGUACUCCUGCAGGGGUGGCGAAGAUGCUGAUCAAGGACACCACUAAACUCAACUCUAAAGACCUGAAGGAAGCCAUAUCCUGUGGCAGUAUGGUAGGACCGCAGAACAGGCAGAUGAAGGAGGUUCUCUUCAUGAAAAAGGUUCAACAAAACGUGAAAGCGGAACAAGCCAACCACCUUAAAUGGCAAGUUCAUCUGGGUAUGGACCCCAUGUCAGCACAAACCAGGAGGCAGAUCGUGGAGGAGAGAGAGAUUGCAUUGCAUGAAUACAUGGUAAAAAGGGGAGAUGUGAUGCAGGAUGAAGAUUUUGUUGCUGGACAACCUAAACUUUCCUCCAAACGGGUGCUGCGUGAAGCAGGACAGGCCCCUGAGGGAGCUCCAUCCUUCCAGUUUUACUCCAGUUUUCAGUGGGAGAUGAGACAAAGAGCCCUCAGACUGUUCCAGCAGGCAGCACGCAAGGUAGUGAUCCGAUGCCGCAUGGACCGGCGACUGGCCUCUUUGAAGAAACUGGCAGACAGUAUGAAGAACCUGCCCCCAGCUCAGAAAGCUGCAGAAAAAACGAGCGACCUGAAAAUCUCUUCAAACGCAGUCUUUCCAUCUUCUUUCCCCAUUUUCACUAAUGAAGAAGACUCCCUGGCUCACAUUAAUUUGGUGGCAGUGCCUGUGGAUCCUAUUGAUGUGACUGUGACAACAUGCGUGCCUUUCUUCAAACUUCAAGUUCCUCAACACUAUAAGCUUAUGGGCUACCAGCCAGUGUCGGCUUGGGAGGCAUUUAACUCUUAUAUUCCCAAUACUUUGGCGAGGCCUCUUCGCACUGCAGCUCUGGACAGACUGGUGCCCAGCGAAGUUGGAACACAGUCUCCCAAAACAGUGGAGCCCAAAGCAGGGGAGGACGAGCAGCAUGAAAAUGAAGAGGAGGUUGUGAAAGAAAAAGAGGCUGCCAGCGUCUCCUUCAGUGCCCCUGAAGCUCUUCUCAGACCUUUCCCAGCAAACCCACUCAGAAUCUUUAAUCCAGCUCCGGGUCUUCAGGCUUACAGACCAACCCCUAAAUACCUGGAGUUCCACUUAUAUCCUCUGUCCAGGUAUGCAGUCCCUGAGAGCAACACAUGUGGCAUAAGAACUCCACACACUGAUAAGACGUUUCUGAAUCACAAGGAGGUGAUCACUGGGGUCAUGAAAUGGAAGAAUUUUGAUUCAAACACCUUGAGUCAUCUGUCCAAACAACCUGCUCUCCCCAGUGACUGUGUCCCACUCAGGCUUGUCGACUACGACACAGAUAUACUUCCACACACAGCGCCGCCUCCUCUCGCCUCCAUCCCUGAUGAUAUGGCACCACUAAUGGACACCACGUGUGAAGGUUCAGAAGUCCAACUCACGCCAGAGAUGAUCAGAGCUGAGUUCUUGUCUGAAGAAGCUCUGGUCUCCAGUAGCAACCUCACUACAGGAAUAACAGCCAGGCACCGGAGGGAGCAUCAGAUGGAGGCGACCUACAGGUCUGAGUUCAACCAGAUGGGAAAAAGAGUGACGACCAGACUGGAGCAACUUGGAGUCUCAGAAAGAACUUGUCAUUCACCAGGCGAGCACUGUGAACAGGCGAAACCUUUGUACACACACAAAUAAACAUCAUCGCAGGGCUGCAGAUACACAAUAUACCCAUCCUACUCAGCCAUACAAGGCUCUCCUUCCUGCCACUUCUGUAGAAUAAAAUCUAGUUACUUCCUCGCCCACCUAUAAGCCUCCUGUCUACCCACUCAAAAUUACCAGUAAGCCUCCCUCCUGUGC